UCAGGGAAGUCAGGGGUAUGGAAGACCCCGCUUUGAUUGGAGGACGACCAUCUGUCAACAUUGUGACCAGCAAGGCCACACUAUAAGGUUUUGUAAUAUAAGACGGGAAGACGAGAGAAGCGGGAUGAUUUUCUCUACAAUGGAUGGGGAUAUCUACGAUCAAUUUGGGGAGGCCAUUGACAGAAGGCUUGGAGAAGUGAGAGUUGAAGCCCAACGAAGAGCAGCAGCGGGACCACUGCCUCCUGCCAUGUUCAGGCUAUGGCAGGAAAAGGAGGAACCACCGUUUGGGGUGGAAGAAGAGGGAAGUGAUGAGGAAGUGACUCAAGGGCUACGAGGAGGAAGUGAGACAGAAGAGGCCAUAAUCAUCGAGUCAGAUGACGAGGAGGAGGAAAGAACGGAGCCUCCAUCCGUCUUAUUUGAGAAGAUGAAGAACUUGCUGGAUAAGAUGGGGGGGUACCAACAGAAGUUGGUGGACCUCUGUAAAGAAGUGAAAGGAUGGAGGUCUAACAUCCCCACAGUAUUCCUCUAUGACUCCGGCCCGGAGUCAGCGCUUGGGCGACCCGGAGUAAAUGUGGUGGGGUCGUGCCCUCAACCAGGAAUGAGGGGGAGACCCCUCACUCCGCAAGCCCGGCUGGCACAGGCAGCGCGAACGAGGAAUCAAGCCAAGGCCAGUACCAACCAAGAGCCUCCAAGGAGGGAGCACGAACCAGGGAGAAGGAAAGAGGCCGUGGAAGUAGAGGACGACGAUGACGAAGAGGAAGAGGACGAGAGGCUGCGCAGAGAAGAGGAUCAGAGAACGGAGCAGCGGGCAAGGAAAAAAGGGAUCUGGGGAGAGGCCGAACCGGUCAUACAGGACGGACCGCCCCAAAAGAAGAAAUACGUGGUCCGGUUGGAAGAAGGAUUUGACGUAGAGAAGGUGAUUGACCGGCUGCUGGAAGGGCAUAAUGACCUCAUGACCCUGAAGGAAAUCCUAGCGUCAGCCCCGCAACUCCGCGAUGAACUGAAAGGGAGGUUAUCACGGCGCCUGGUGCCCAAUGUCCAUCUGGGUACGAUCCUGCCCAAGGAGGCAGAGUGGGCAGAGUCAGAUUAUGACGCCACAGAGGCGCGACCCUUCAUUGUCGAGACGGAUGCGGGACUGACUGCCUUAAGGGGAGUUCUAAUUCAGACAGACAUGGAAAUGAAGGAAAGACCCUUGCGAUUUGAGAGCCGGACUCUCUGUACGACGGAGAGGAACUACUCUAAGUUCAAGAGGGAGACCCUUGCUGUCCUCCAUUAUCUGCGAAUCUUCCGGAAUUAUAUCUUCGGCAUGAGGUUUAUUUUGAGAGUGGAUCCGACCGCCCUGGCCUACUCUCUAAGGAAUUACGUUCCAUCGGAUCCGACAAUUGCCAGAUGGCUGACGUACAUCUGGAUGUUCAAUUUCGAAUUGGAACGGAUUCCUGGUAGUAAGAACCGGGUGGACGGGCUGAUUCGGAUCAACUGGGAUAAGCAGGAAGGGGAGGCGGUGGAGAAUACGCCCCCAGUUGAUGGAUUUCUGGAUCAGGAAGAAGAUGUUUGUCUUCAUAUCAACAAAUGGUCGCCGCGAGUGCCUAGCUGUGUAGGCUAUCCUAUCUGGCAAGCGCCGAAGGGGUAUGAAAGGAGGAAUGAGUUAGUCCUUAAGCCCUUUGAAGAAGAGGAUCCUUGGGGCGGUAAGGAUGUUCAGUGGAUGAUGGAAUUAGCGCUGGCCAGCUCGCAUAGCCUGGUGGAGGAUAUGAGGACGAUUGAGGAAGGACGUGGCCAGGUAGAACGGCAUGAGGACCUGAUGGAAGGAAUGUAUCUCCUUGUCAAUACGUUAUUGCAGGAAAGCCUAGACCAGUCAGGCUCGUUGAACCCGACAGGGAAUGUGGACGAAAUACCCGAGAGCCAGGACGACGAAUUCGAAGAAGGGGAAAUUAAGGAGGCUUUUCGUGCAGAGGAGUACGACGGGAUCUACCUAGAGCUUGGGCUUCUUCUGUCAUGUGAAAUGCGGCUAAGAGAUGCGAGCGAUAGGGCUCAAAGGAUGCUGCAACGCUACUUAGUGCGAGACGGUCACCUUUUCGUAAGAAGGGAAGUGGGGAAUCCCAGGAGGGUCGUCUGCGGUAGGAAUCGUCAGAUCGACGUUGUAGCAGCACUACACGAUGGCAUUGCAGGAGGGCAUCGAGGGGUACAAGCCACGUAUGCCAAGAUAAGUGAGUUGUACUACUGGGAUGGAAUGAUGGACAUGGUCGGAAAAUUCUGUCGAUCUUGCGUACCCUGCCAGGAGAGAUCCCGUUUAAGGCAGGGAGAGCCGCUGCAUCCAAGGUUAGAGCGAGAGGUAGGGGCCGUUGUGCAUCUCGAUCUGCUUUUUAUGCCACUUGGGGAUCAGGGCUAUAACUAUAUCCUCGAUGCGCGCGAUAACCUGUCUGGGUUCGUAGACGGGCGAGCUAUUCGCACAAAGACCGGGUCAGUCCUGGUGAGCUGCAUCGAGGAGUACUACCUGCGUUAUCCUUUCGUCAGGGAAUUCGUAAUGGACAGRGGAUCAGAGUUUACCUGCCAGGAGGUGCAAGAACUGUUAGCAAGAUAUGGUGUGGCAGCCAACUACACCACGACCGCGCACCCCCAGGCAAAUGCUCCCGUAGAGAGAGGACAUAGUACCAUUACGAACCUCCUGGCCAAAUGGAUCGAAGUCUACAAUGAUGGGGACAUCGAGCUAUUCCUGGACAAUUUCUGGGAGCAUGCGAGGCGUAUGGGCUGGACCGUCACUCAGGCGAUUGAGAGAUUGAGGGGAGUAGGUAGGUUCAAAGAGCCCAUUGCCAGGAUUCGUAGGGAGGCGACGACGAGGCAGGAGGUGGAGAUAAGGAUGGAGGAGUUGCGACCCUCGCCUGUGGGACCUGAUGGCAGGCCGAUCCGCCUGGAGAUUGGAAAUGCGUCGGACUUCAUCCCCGCGUUUGAGUGGUUCAUGCAAGAGCAGGGCAUACAGAGAGAUGAUUGGAUGCAGACGCUACCACUCUGGACCAGGAAGGCGGAAAGGCCACUGGCUGUGCAGAUCAGGAACAUGGCACGAGAUUGGGAAAGCUGCAGGGCACAUUUGAGAGAGRCCUUUCGACGGCCAGAGCUCCCUCAGCCCAGAGUCGAGAGGCGGCAGAGGAGUCGGAGGCCGAGGGACCCUGAGCCCAGGGAGGCGAGACCAUCUCGAGGAGGACGGAAGACCCUCGCCAGGAGAGAGCAGGAGCCAGAGGGUGAGGAGCGAGGGGCAUACCCUGAGUGUGGGUUGGGGCCAGUGGAGUUCCAUCGUUUUACUGAGGGUGGAUUGAGGAGGUCGCCAACACACACACAGGGGAAGCCACCAGCGUCAGAGGGGCCCUUAAGGGAAUUGGAGAUGCAUUUAGAUAUCUCUCGGUGGAGGGCGUCGCUUCAGGGUGAGGAGCAUGGAGAGCAGGCAGAGAAGGUGUCACGAGAGGAGGUGCCACGAGAGGAGGUGCCACAGGGGGAGAUACCACGAGAAGAGAUGCCACGGGAGGAGGUGCCACAGGAAGAGGUCAAGGGUACUCAGCGAGAGAGAGGGCUGGACGAUGAGGGGAGACGUGCAGGGAAGGAAGUGAUAGAGGUUGGAGAAGACACGCCCCCACAGACGCCAGCAGUGGGUUUGAGACUCGAGGGUGCACCAGGGAGCACCCGGCACGCAAAGGAGGGGUUGCAGAGAGAGGAGACCCCUUUACCUUCGUCAGAAAAGGCUCCUUCGCCAGAAGAGAGGGCAAAAAGGAGGAGAGAGAGGGCAGUUAUAAGGAGAGAAGCUUUGAUCCUGAUUGAUAGGCACCUAGCAGCUCAUGCCCUGGAGCACCCAGACCUGGAGGAGCCAGCACCGGCAGAGCCACGCCAGGAGUCAUGCCAGCCCGAGAAGGAGAUGGAAGCAGAAAUCCCGAAGAGGGUCGACCUCCGCACGAGGGAAAGGGUGCCAGCUGGAGAGACGACCGAAGAAAAGAGGGCAAGACGAACCAGGCGGAUAGAUGAGAUAUGGCAUGAGAGAGAGGUUGGAGGCAGCUGGGGAGCUCCCGGAGCAGCAGCAGGAGAGGCAGAGAUCGGAGGCAGCAGGAGCACUCCCGGGUCAGCCGCCCAGCGCGCCAGCCAAGGCCCCGGAAAUUCCUGAAAUGUGGAGAGACUUCUGGGAGCAGAGAGGAGAGGAGCUUCCAUCGCCAGUGAGAGCCGGGUUUGGGGUGGCCUGGAAGGCGGAAGAAAGGUUAGAUUGUAAAAUCAAGUUCCUGGCCAAGA